GAAAAAUGAUCGGCAUCAAGUCUGAAAAGGCAAAAUACGUGUGCGAACGAGCACCUGUGGAUUGUUUCAUACAAUUUAUUUGUAAGGGCUGCCUCAUACAUACCAGAAAACCACGUAUAGAUCACAUAGAUCAAAAUGGAGAAUCGAGCCUCAUGGUCUUGAGAUCACGAUCAGUUCCGUCUGGGAACAAUAGCAAUGAGGCUGAAAUUGGAUGCUCAAACUUGUUGAGAUCACAAUCUGUUGCACAAAAUCAUAUAAGGGAGGAUAGAAAUAUGGUAAAGAGUGUUUCCAAUGCUAUGUUCCGAGGAGGCACCAAAGAGCCUUCAAUAUCUCCGAAGAGCAGGUCUGAGGCAGAACACAAUAGUACUACUUCUGAUCAUGAAUCGGAUGUGUUAUCAUUAAGGAGUCCUUCAGGUUCAAGUCGUUCAACAUACUCUCCUGAAGGAGUUCUUGAUUUUACUCUAAGUCCAUUAGUACUGAAACCAAGUACUCCAACAAGGGAGGGGUUCGAGUUAAUGAGUACUCCAUUCACACCAGGCAGCUCUUCUGUUGUGGACGUUGCAUUUUUUAACGAAGCUCGAAGUGUUGCGGACAAGAGUAAUUUAGAUAAUCCUCAUUAUGAGAGACUUCAACAAGUGAUGGCAGAUGCGGCAAAAUUGACACUCUUGCAGCAAAAAGUAGCAAGAGAGCUCGGUGAGGCUAUGGGCAAGGCCCAAGAAGAGUUGAUACUCAGAAGAGAAAUUGAGGAAGGGAAAGCAAAAGAGAGAGAAAUUGAAAUGAUGAAAAAUAAGAUAGACCAACUCAUGGAAAAGUUCCAGAUUUUCCAAGAACGUGAAACAUCAUUAAAGAAUCAAAUUGUAGAGUUGCAGAUGGAACGGGAUAACGCAGUUAAAGAAGCUGAAGAGCUGAGAUAUAAACAAGGAGAAUGCUCAAGUUGGAAUAUGCCUCGGUUCUUUGAGUUCUCACUGUUGGAGAUUAAGGAAGCAACUCAAAACUUCAAUGAAUCCUUGAAAAUUGGAGAAGGAGGAUAUGGCAACAUAUACAAAGGCUAUCUACGUCAAAUCGAGGUUGCUAUAAAGAGGCUAAAUCCUCAGAGCUUACAUUCUAGUUGCGGGCAAGGCCGCUCAGAGUUUCAAAUGGAGGUUCGUGUAUUAAGUCAAUUGAGGCAUCCGAAUCUUGUGAGGCUUGUUGGAUCUUGCCCAGAAGAAUUUGCACUUAUAUACGAGUAUCUGUCUAAUGGAAGCCUUGAAGAUCGACUUAGAUGUAGGGACAAGAGUCCUCCAUUGUCCUGGCAAACUCGAAUCAGUAUUGCUACGGAGUUGUGUUCUGUCCUUGUAUAUCUCCAUUCCAGUAAACCUCAUAGUAUCGUACAUGGUGAUCUAAAACCCUCCAACAUCCUCCUUGAUGCCAACUUUGUUUCGAAACUUAGCGACUUUGGAAUUUGUCGAGUGUUAUGCCAUGAUCAAUGUUCAAACAACAACACAACACUAUGUCGUAUAACUAUCCCAAAGGGCACCAUAGCUUAUGUAGAUCCUGAUUUCUUUGAAACGGGAGUGCUUACCAUGAAGGCUGAUGUUUACUCAUUUGGAAUCAUAUUGCUACAAUUGUUGACUAAUCGACCUGCCAUCUCCAUAGCAAAUGACGUGAAGUCUGCCUUAGGUGAUGGAAAUUUGAAAGCUCUCUUGGAUCCUUCAGCUGGAGAUUGGCCAAUUGUGGUUGCUCAGACCUUGGCUGAAUUGGCAUUGCCAUGUUGUGACAGGAACCAAAAGAACCGACCAGAACUUGGAUCAGAUGUCUGGGAGGUACUCGAAUCAAUCAUGGCAUCAUCCGUAGCCUCAUCCUCAACCCAGAUUGGUCGUAAAGGUUAAUGGUACCAACAAUCUCUUUAGUUUAUACUUCAUUUUGCUUGUUUCCUGAACAUCACAGAUACCUCUCUCUCUCUCUCUCUGACCACCAUUCAGCACCCUCCAAUUGUUUUUUUUUUUUUUUUCGCUAUUUUCUAUUCAAUCCAUAUAUACUCUUUCUUUGAUGAUCCAAGUGCUUUCUCAAAUGAAUUUUUGUGAAGUGCCAACGUGCAUCAAACAAACUUGUAUUUCCCUUGGGGUUAAGAAC